AUGGACUUUUCUUCGAUGAACGCGGCCGAGCAGGCCCAUAUGUCUAAGGUCAUCGAGAAGAAGCAGAUGCAAGACUUUCUGCGGAUGUAUUCAAACCUUGUAGAGCGGUGCUUCAACGCAUGCUGCAACGAUUUUACGAGCAAGGCACUGUCAUCAAAAGAGGAACAAUGUGUGAUGAACUGCACAGACAAAUUCCUCAAACACUCUGAGCGGAUUGGAGCGCGUUUUGCAGAACAUAAUGCCGAAAGAGAGAGCACUGUUCCUGAACAACACUAG